GUUGAUUUUGGUGUUUUGGCAAUCACGCAUGGUUCAGAAUUAGCGACUUUUGUAAUUUGUAUAUGUGCUGUUCCUUAUCCUAUUUACCUCUAAAAGUUUCGUUAUUUCAUAUCUAUGUUUGCUGUUUAGUGACCUUACAAACUGUGAUUGACUCUUACGAUUUAUACUUUAGAGCUUUCACCGCAUUUAUUAGUUUACUUCUUCCCUCACGAAUUUAGGCCCUUUAUCAAGCAAUGAACUUGGGUAUGAGCGGCUUCGUCCGGCAGCCCUUAGCAGAGUCACCUCAAGCGAGCAUUUUUGCCAAUCCAUUAGCCACAGGAAUGGAUCGGUUUCCGUAUCCUAAUUCAAUGCCAAACAUGAGCGCACCAUCAAUGCCAUGGGCCCAGAUACCACCUAUCAAUGUUCCUUGGGGAAUCCCCCCCAACAAUCUUCCAGAUGUCAUCAGAUUUAAUGCAACCCCAAACAUAAACACUUUUCAACCGAUUCCGAGACCGAUCGAAAAUGGUGGAUUUCCAAGAGUACGAUUCACCAAACGAAAGACAAACAUAGAGCCAGAAAUACCAGCAAAAAUUCAUGUCACAGAUGAAAAAAUGGCAGCUCAUAUGAGUGAGAUGCAUAUUAGCAGUAAUUACACAUCACAUGAAACACCAGUCCAGCCAAAUUUUAGUUGUAGUAAUUUUGAAACAAAACAAUUCGGUGAUAAACUCACCAGUCUAAUUAGUGCAGAUGACAAAGAAGACAUAAAAAUACCAUCAAUAAAGCUGUGUGAAGAAUUGAGAAAGCUCAGCAAAACACCAAUCCUGCCUGAGCCACUCCUUCAAGUAGAAAAGCCAUGUCGAGCGCUUGUUUUGUGGAAACCUCCGCCUGGAGUAGUUGAAUCAAACAUAGCAACAAUAGCUAGCUCGUAUACUACCAAUAAUAAUUGUAGUGUUGUAACAUAUCAGACAUCCCCCACUUCAACUGUGACCAUCACAGAAUUAACUGAUGAAGACAAACCAGCCGAGUCUAUAGAGUGUGAUCCUAUUCCGUCAACAUCGACAGGGUUUAUGGAUUCAGCGCCUAUCUCAUCAAUCCCUGAGCCUAUAGACUACGAAAUGGAAUCGUAAUUGUUCCAAAAACGUGCAUUAAGACUCCUUUCUUGUGUUGUGGACUGAGUCUGAAGUGUCCCUUCUCCGUGCUGUUCUUUCCUUUUAUACUAUUUUAAGACUUAUCCCUGCCUAAGUAUUUUACUAUGUAAAAAGUUUCUCCUGGUGCAAAUAUUUAUAUGUACAAAGUGUAUAUUGGAUGUUAAAUUGAGCUGCCCUUAUAAAGAUGUCACUGCUUCAUCAAACAAAGUAAGUUUGAACUUUAAAGUUCAAAUCGUUGCAAUAACCACUUCUAUUCAUCUCUAGAUGUGUACCAGAUCAAUUACAGCAAACCCUCUGAAAAAUUAUGGGAAUAUUUAACAUUUUUAGAAAAAAAAAUGACAGCUUAAAGAUGCUGUUUCAAUAGAAGAUCAGGUCGAUCACGAAGUGAGUAAAAGCACGAUUAAAAGAAAAAAACUAAAAUUGUGAGGUUUUUAAAACUUUCUAGUUGUUUUUUCUUCUUCUUUAUCUAUAAUACGGGGAAAAAAAUCUCAUUUUUAAUUCAUUACUCUGAUUAUUUUAAAGCUGCUUCUGAAAAGUAUGAAAUAAGUGUUACAAGAAGAGAAGAAAAGUUAAGAAUCUUUCAAUGCCUUAUUGUACUCUAUGAGUGUGUAAUGAUUUAUGUGUAAAACUGACAGAUAUUCAUGGAUCCAUAAUUUUCAGUAAAUUUUUCCUCUAAUCAAAGUAAUAUCUAGUCCUCUAUAAUACUUACAGAUUUGACAAUCGUCUUUAUGAAAGUGAUGUCUCGUAAGUGCAGCUCCUACUUGGUUGAGGUUUAAUUAGUGAAAUUUUGCAACAAAUUUUGAUGUCUUAAUUUUUUAAGAAUGAGAUUAUGCUCAGUUUCGACAAAGGUCUGUGGACUUGCCUAUCAUACGUUUUUUUGUGAUCUUUUAGUUUUAAUCUUUUGUAUGAGAAGCUCAUUUUGUCGCUCAGCUGACAAAAGGGCGUAACUACACAUUUAGAUGAGCCGUGGAAAACAUUAAAUUGUGUGGACAAGGUUCAUUGUAGAAAUUAGAUACGCCCUUAUGUCAGGAGGGCAACAAUUUGCUAUAGCACCAUUUUCAAAAAUAGCAUAAUUUAAUUUUGUCAGCAACGAAUCGCUUGUAGAUUUCGUGAAAUUACAAUCCGAUUAAUUAAUUAAUAACUAUUUUGUCAGAGGAAUGACACUGCACAGACCAAGUACCGUCUGCGCAGCAUAAUGAUCAUGAGUUCAUUCAUUUCUACAAUAUACUGCCCUGCUAAUCCAGAAUUGUUUCUCUCCAAUGGGAAUGGGCACUAUUUGUUACUGUAGAUAUGCGCUUUUUGCCAACCACGGUAGUAUAGUCUUUCUCUCUCUUCAGUAACUGUAAUAUCUUUUAAAUGUCCAAGGAAAAAAGAAUUUGCCAAAAAUAAUUGUAUGUCUUCAUUUGGACUUUGAGUUGCUCAAAGUUAUUAAAUGCGAUUCAGCUAUCAGUAAAUAAUUUGUCUAAUAUGCGAAGGGUUCAUUUUACUCUACAUUUAUCUUGAUCUAUUUUCUAAGAGCAAUCUUUUCUUAGCAAAAAAUGUGUUCUCGGCCGUGUUGUGCUGUUUUUUUUUUCUUUCUUUUUUUCUUUAAUCGACUGGUCCACAAAAUUUGGUAACGAAUGAAUUUCUCUACUUGAAUAACUUGAAUUUAACUUUUUCAAGCAGCUUGAAAUCAAUGUCUCCCCUGUGUGAAAAUAGGGCAGCAACAACAUCCCAGCUGAACUUGCAAAAGCUGUUAGCAAGCCAAGUUGCCACUUGAAAAGUUAUUUUUACUUAAAAUUGUUUUAAGUUUUUGUUAUCUCUACCUGGAGGUCUGCCUAGGCCUAAGGGUACCCAACUAAAACUGUCUCAAUUAUCUCUUCCAAAUUGAUGUGAAGUUCAGAUUGCAUUAAGAAGAAUCAAUUUUUUUUACGUCUUGCACUUUCAUCUGUCAGAAUCAAGACUGAUCUUUGUAUGGCAUGUAUAUGAGAAUAUUUUGUAAUGUAUUUGUUAGUUGUUCCUCAAAAUUUUAAGGGUUUUAUCUUCCAAUCAUUUUUACGACUACAACAUUUUUUUUUGCAAAAUAAAGCAUUUAUACCGUUGUCUCCUA